AACUCCAAAUACCUCCGUGGCUUAAAGCAGAAACAGUCAUGGAGCUGCUGCUGCCUCUUCUUGCUGCCCUUUUUGCUGCUCUGAUUGGAGGCCUGUACGUCCUCGGGGUUUUUCGACAGCGCAAACCUGGAGAACCCCCCCUGGAUAAAGGUCUUAUUCCAUGGCUGGGUCACGUGCUGGAGUUUCGCAGGGACACGCUGAAGUUUUUGGAGAGAAUGAAGCAAAAACACGGGGAUGUGUUCACAAUCCAGAUAGCGGGAUUUUACAUUACAUUCCUGCAGGAUCCCCUGUCGUUUGGAGCGUUUGUGAAGGAGAGUCGGGAAAAGUUGGACUUCAACAACUUUGCUGCACAGCUGGUAUACAGGGUGUUUGGCUACAAAGCUGUUGAUGGUGACCAUGAAACCCUUUACCUGUCAAGCAACAAACACCUGAAAGGAGAAGGUCUUGAAGUGAUGACCCAAGCUAUGAUGAGCAACUUGCAGAACCUCAUGCUGCACAGCAUCGGUUCGGCAUCAGGUCAGAAGACCUGGAAGGAGGAUGGGCUGUUUAUGUACAGCUACAAUAUUGUUUUCAGAGCUGGCUACUUAGCGUUGUAUGGAAACUUCCCGCACAAGUCAGAGGGAAGUGCGGCGAAAGCCAAAGAGAAGGACAGAUCUGAGUCCGAAGCUUUGUUUUAUGAGUUUCGGAAAUACGAUCAACUCUUUCCCAACCUGGCAUACGGGGUGCUUCUGCCGAGGGAGAAAAGGGAAGCCGACAGGUUGCAGUCGUUUUUCUGGGAUGCCGUUUCGGUGCAGAAGCUCAAGAACAAGGACAACAUCAGCCGCUGGGUGUGGGACAUGCAGCAGGCCAAAGAGGAGAUGGGCAUGGAGGAGGCAAUGAUCAACAAAUACAUGUUUGUGCUCCUUUGGGCAUCUCAGGGCAACACAGGGCCCUCCUCGUUCUGGCUGCUCCUCUUCCUCCUCAAACACCCUGAAGCUAUGAAAGCGGUGAGGGACGAGGUGGACAAAGUCCUGAAAGAAUCUGGACAGGAAGUGCGACCUGGCGGCCCCUUAAUAGAUCUGACCCGGGAGAUGCUGAUGAAAACACCAGUCAUGGACAGCGCGGUGGAGGAGACCCUCAGACUCACAGCUGCACCCCUCCUCACCCGAGCCGUGCUCCAGGACAUGACCCUGAAAAUGGCCGACGGCCGAGAGUAUUUCAUUCGCAAAGAUGACCGAAUGGCAAUAUUUCCUUACAACGCAGUUCACCUGGACCCAGAAAUCCACCCGGAGCCGCACUCGUUCAAAUACAACCGUUUUCUGAACCCGGACGGAAGCAGGAAAACAGAUUUUUACAAAGGAGGGAAGAAGGUGAAGUACUACAACAUGCCCUGGGGCGCCGGAGUCUCCAUGUGCCCCGGUCGUUUCUUUGCCACCAAUGAGCUGAAACAGUUUGUCUUUCUCAUGCUGGUAUAUUUUGAGUUUGAGCUGAAGAACCCGGAUGUGGAGAUUCCCCAGAUCGACUUCAAGCGCUGGGGCUUCGGGUCCAUGCAGCCCGUCAAAGAUGUUCAGUUCCGGUACAGACUCAGAUUUUAACCCGCUCACUUUGUUCAUCGUGAUCUGCUAUCAGCAACUUUUAAUUUGAAAAAUAAACCAUUGAAUAGUUUAUUAUGUCAUUUUUUUCUUUACAUAUUUUGGAAGUGGUUUAAACAGCUGCUUGCAACUAUUCAGCAGCGUGUUCACAAAAAUAAAACAAAGUAUGUCAUAGGAAUGGCUCAAACUUCCUGCCAGGUCAUCUGUACAACUUCCUCUGCUUGCUAAUGUCGAAUCAGCUUGAUCCCAUCUACAAUCACAGUGACAAUGUUUCUAUGAUAAACACAGAGUUUUAUUGUGAUUCCUGUGGACACUGUGACAGUUUGUGAUCUUUUUUGUCUUUUUAUAUUCUGUAAAUCAGGAAAUAUCUCUUUGACAUCUUUCCCGUCCAUCCUGAAACCGAUGUUUAGGAAUGUUUUUCAACAUUUAGAGGCAAACUUUUAGUUGUAUAAGAUGUUUCACAAAAAGCAUUAGAGAAAAAAUAUUUAAACAAACAGGAUUGAUAAUGACUGUUUUCAUCAAAAUGUUCUUUUUGGAGAAAAUUAAAUAAAUGUGUAGAUGUUUGAAUUUUC